AUGAAGAAGGAGGGCAUCCAGACGCGCAACCGCAAGCUGUCCUCCAAGUCGAAGAAGAAGAAGGGCGGCGGGCCGUGCCUGUCGCUGGGCGGCGUCAUGUCCGACAUGAUGAAGCCGCUCGACCCCACGGGCAAGAUGGGCGGCGCGGGCUUCGGCGGCGCGGCGGGCUUCGGGGCUCCGAUGGGCGCGGGCGGCAACGCGGCCGCGGUGCACCCGCACCUCAACACGGCCGCGCUGCACCCGCACCACGCCGCCAUGUCGCACUACAUGUACCACAACAGCACCACCAUCAACAUGCACCACCACCACCACCACCAGGGCUUCAUGAACCCCGGCGCGCCGGGCCCCGUGGCGCCCGGCCCGCCCCCGCACUCGGGCAUGCACCCGCACCACAUGUCGUCGCUGUCGGCGCUCGGCUCCGGCGGCCUGGGGCUCGGCGCCGCCUCCAACGGCAUGGUGAGCAACCCUUUGCUUGGCGGCGCUCUGGCGUUUGCCUAA